CUUUCUCGUUUCUUCCAAAUCUCAUCUUAUACUUCCUUUUUCUCUCUCCUCUUUUUUCAUACCGCGAAAUUGAUUUUUUUUUUUUUUCAGUUGGUUAGUUGCCUUUUUGUCUUCCUGAUUUGAAUCCUUGAUAUUGCAAAAACCCUAGUUAUAAAUAUUUCCUCGCUUUUUUAAAAUCAAAUUAUGCGUUGAGUUUUCAGAUCUGUAUUUAAAUAACUGUAUUUUUUUUGGAAUUGUUUUGUGUUUAUCCGCAGAUCUCUCGAAGUAGUUUAUUUGGUUAUUCAGAUUUUGAAUUUUGAGUUUUGAGUUUUGAGCUGUGGAGGUAGGUUAAUUUCAUCUAAUAAUCCAAAUUGAAGGAGGUUUUCUUGAAUUGGUUAGAAAUUUCAAGGUUUUGCUUAUAAGGACCUUUUAGUUUUCAUUUUUGGCGGUUAAGUACCUUUAUUUCUUGCAAAGUUUCCAACUCAGUGCUGUUCUUGGAGUUGUGACAAGUUCUUGUAAGUGUUGGAUUGGAUUGCUGUUGUAGUUAAUUUGGUUUCCUGGUUUCUUAUAAUUUCGCGGUAAUGAGUGAUGGAAUAAUGGAAAUUGAGAACCCCGUAAAUGUUGAUUCAAAGUGUGACAGACAAUGGUUUGUAGAUGCUAGUACUGAACAGGAGGAACCAUGCGUCGAGAAGCAGAAUUUUAAAACUUUAGAUGCUGUAGAAUUAGAUUGUUGUGCCACGAAUCAUGCCAUGAAUUGUGCACCCGAAACUGUAGAUGGUGUAGGAGUUGAAUGUUGUGCCACGAAUCAUGCACCCGAAACUGUAGUUGGUAUAGGAGUAGAAGGUUGUGCCACGAAUCGUGCACCUGAAACUGAAGAUGAUGUAGAAUUAGAAGGUUGUGCCAUGUUUCGUGCGCCUGAAACUUUAAAUACGGAUGAAUCAGAGUUAGGUGAAAAGCAGGGAAAAGAGUUGAAUAAUUGUGAUGUCCAGCCCUAUGUAAGGAUUGAUGUGAAGGAAGCUUCGAAUGAUGAGAUGCUUUCUGAAGUUUCAAAUCCAAAUUUGUCUCCAAGAGAGAACACGUCAAGUUUCCAGACUAUCAGUAGUCAAGGAGUUGAUUUGUUGAGUAAUAAUCAAGGUGGUUCUGGAGAGAUCACAUCUUUUUCGUCAGGGAAUUCAAGCGCGGAUGAGAGUGUCAGUGAAGAAGAGCAUAAUCAAAUUGAUGUAUCCGAGGCAGUCGCGAAGUCCUCUGUGGUACUUGAAAUUCCAAAGGAAUUUAGCACAACUGGUGUCAGGAAGAUUACAUUUAAGUUUAGCAAAAGAAAGGAGGAUUAUGGUAAUGCAUAUGCUUCAGCUGCUCUGCCCGUGACUGAUCGGGUUGAUGAUGGAUUUGGUGAAGCACAUGCAUGGUAUCCUUUGGCAUCUGAUGAUAUGACUCAACGUAUUUCAAGCACAAAUGGAGCAUUUUAUCGACAUGGAGAUCCUUUUUUAUGUCCUCCAAACAUGGAAUUAAAAAUGUCUAAGAAGGUCAUUUCUGAUGCUUACCCGACAAAUGUCAAGAAGCUUCUAUCGACGGGUAUUUUGGAAGGAGCUAGGGUGAAGUACAUUUCAACUUCUAGGAAGAUGGAGCUUCCUGGAAUCAUAAAGGAUUACGGAUACUUGUGUGGUUGUUCAUUCUGCAAUUUGUCCAAACAGGUUCUCAGUGCUUACGAAUUUGAAGUGCAUGCUGGGGGCAAGACUAGACACCCAAACAAUCAUAUUUAUUUGGAGAAUGGAAAACCUGUUUACAGGAUAAUUCAAGAGUUGAAGACUGCACCAUUUACCCGACUAGAAGAAGUUGUAAGAGAUGUGGCUGGUUCUUCUAUUAAUGAGCAAUAUUUUGAGGCUUGGAAAGCAAAACUCCUGCAGUACUAUGAGGUGGCUAGUGCUGACCAAUAUUCUUAUGGAAAGGCUUCAGGAAUGUAUCACUCUAAGCUAAGUUCGGUGAUGGAAGAUGGCCUUAUUCCUGCUUCCUACUCCUAUAUUGACAACUUCCCUUCAAAUCCAUUUAGCUAUAUGGAGACAGCAGAGGCAUGGAAGCAUGUGGUUAAAAAGCCAAGGUGCAAUUUUUCCAGCUCAACAGUAGAGCCAAAAAGACUUGCUGAAGGUUGCACAAGAAAAAGGGAUAAUGACUUGCACCGAUCAUUAUUCAUGCCAAAUGGACUUCCAGAUGGAACUGAUUUGGCAUAUUAUUCGAAGGGGAAGAAAGUUCUGGGGGGCUACAAGCUGGGAAAUGGCAUAGUCUGCAGCUGCUGUGAUACUGAGAUAAGUCCGUCCCAGUUUGAGGCUCAUGCUGGAUGUGCAGCUAAACGUCAGCCUUACCGUCACAUCUACACUUCCAAUGGACUUACCCUACACGAUAUAGCAUUAAUGCUGGCAAAUGGUCAAAGUAUUGCCACCAAUAACAGUGAUGAUAUGUGUACAAUAUGCGGCGAUGGGGGAGAACUGAUUUGCUGUGAUGGGUGUCCUCGGGCUUUCCAUGCAGCUUGUUUAGGUGUACAGUGUACCCCAACCAGUGGUUGGCUCUGUUCAUAUUGUAGAGACAAUUUUGUCCCUGGUAGGAAAACUGCAGGAGAUGCAGGACCAAUUAUGAUACGGUUGACAAGAGUGGUUAAAGCUUCGGAGUAUGAAGGUGGUGGGUGCGUUGUUUGCAGGACCCCAGACUUUAGCGUUGCCAAAUUUGAUGAUCGGACAGUUAUGCUCUGUGACCAGUGUGAGAAAGAAUACCAUGUUGGGUGUCUGCGGGAAAGUGGGUUGUGUGAUCUGAAAGAACUCCCAAAAGAUAAAUGGUUUUGUUGCAAUGACUGCAAUAAAGUUUAUGUGGUACUUCAGAAUUGUGUUCUGAAGGGAGCUGAGGUCAUUCCAGCACCUGCAGCAACUGCAGUAACUAAGAAGCAUGUCCAGAAAUGUUUAAUGGAUACAGCUACAAAUGACAUUCAGUGGCGAAUCUUAAGUGGGAAGAGUCGCUACCCGGAGCAUCUACCUCUUCUUUCCAGAGCAGCAACAAUCUUUAGGGAGUGCUUUGAUCCUAUUGUUGCCAAAUCUGGACGAGAUCUUAUACCAGUUAUGGUUUAUGGGCGAAACAUCUCGGGUCAAGAAUUUGGGGGAAUGUAUUGCAUCGUUUUGACUGUAAAGUCAGUAGUUGUAUCAGCUGGUCUUCUCAGGAUUUUCGGGCAAGAGGUUGCUGAACUACCUUUGGUGGCUACAAGUAGAGAAAACCAAGGGAAAGGUUAUUUCCAGGCGUUAUUUGCAUGUAUUGAAAUGCUAUUAUCUUCCAUGCAUGUUAAAAACCUGGUUCUGCCUGCUGCUGAGGAGGCGGAAUCCAUCUGGACAAAUAAACUGGGGUUCAAAAAGAUGACUGAUGAACGAUAUCUGAAGUAUUCAAGAGACUUCCAGUUGACGGUAUUCAAGGGGACGUCAAUGUUGGAGAAGGAGGUGCAGCAGACAGCUUAUGAAUUGUAAUUCAUCUUUGUGGAGAAUGUGCAACAAGGAGCUAGAUUGCUACAUAUCUUGCACGCGCUCUCAUUUAGGAAGGGAGACCACUGCUCUACUCAACGAUCUGAAAUGGAAGUGAAAAUAGAGAAAGAGGUGCUUCUCAUUGCAGAUCGAUCUUUUCUUUAAUAUCUAGAACAUGCAAAAUGCACCUAUGCUGAUGAGUUUUGAGUUUCAAGGCGAUUAAAUAGUAGAUGAUGCAAGUUGUUUGGAGGCACAUCAAGUUGCUGGCGGACCUUGUAGGGAUCAUUCUUAGAUGCAAGGACAAGUGCAUUUCGUAUUCGUUGUUUACCACUAUGUUUUCAUAAGGCAGUCAUUGCUUUUAUAGAUUAGUUUUCAGCUGAUGUAUAAAGAGCAGCUAAGGAACUGCUCGUUGAAAGUCCUCGAGGCAUGCUUACCUUUUAUCAUGUGUGCGUGGGGCAAACGUUGUUUUUACCCCUUUCUUUUUUGCAGUGGUAGUUUCCCUUUGUACAUUUCCAGUGCAUACAGAGAAAAUUUUGCUAGAAAGUGGCUAACUCAAAUGUAGGAUAUAUAUUAUAUCUUAUACGGGACCCUAUGUUUUUCCUUGA